CCCGGACUGGCUGGUUCAGAAUAUCAUAAUCAUUCAUUAUUAUUUAUUUUAUUUUUAUUUUAUCCUUUCCGCAUUAUUAUUAGCACCUGUGCUAGUCCCAAAUAAUAAUAACGAGGCUUAUUAUUAUUCCUCUCGUCCCCCAGGCUUCCAAACCGACGCUCUCUCGACACUCUGAAAAAGAGGCUGGUUCCUCGGAUUGUGUUUGAAUAUAGCCUCUUCUGCUCCCACCCGCGAUCGUUGUUUCUUAUACAACACCUUAUCGCCAUAUAAAACGUAUCUCGUUUCACCCUAAUAUUAGCCUGUCUUCCGCUGUUUCUUUAAAAACGACUUGACGGAGGAUUCCUGACGUCACGAAUAUGUACUCUCAGCACGGUGCCCCGAUGGCGCCUCCGCAGAAGCCAGAGACGUUUAUGCUUUCGAAUGAAGCACAACAGAGCCUGCCCCAUGAUGCACAGGUCGCACUUCAACAAGUUGAUAAUCUGAAAUACUUCCUUCUCUCAGCGCCAGUGGACUGGCAGCCAGACCAGCUCAUCCGAAGAUUUCUUCUCCCGACUGGUGAUUAUAUCUCAUGUGUACUUUGGAGCAACCUGUUCCACAUCUCAGGUACCGAUAUCGUUCGGUGCCUGGCAUUCAGAUUCCAAGCCUUUGGCCGUCCUGUCAAGAAUUCUAAAAAAUUCGAGGAGGGCAUCUUUUCUGAUUUGCGAAACCUGAAAGCUGGGACCGAUGCUACGCUCGAAGAACCGAAAAGCCCGUUCCUUGAUUUUCUUUACAAGAACAAUUGCAUCCGAACUCAGAAGAAGCAGAAGGUCUUCUAUUGGUAUAGUGUGCCUCAUGACAGGCUGUUUCUCGAUGCGUUGGAGCGAGAUCUAAAAAGGGAGAAGAUGGGCCAGGAGGCCACCACAGUCGCAGUCAGCGAACCUGCUUUGUCUUUUGAGUUUGAUUCGUCCCAGUCGUUGUACGAGCAACUCACAAAGGCACAACAAGCGAAUUCAUCCUCGUUUGCUGCACACGCAAGUACGACAUAUGGCCAAUCUGCAUCCCCAGUCGUUCGGACCGUUGACGCAAUGCCUCCUCCUCAGAUGGCUCCCCAGAUGGCUCCGCCGUCGAUCCCCCUUCUCACGGACGAAUCGGCCAAUUCCCAGAUGUACACAUCGAUCCCAAUGCCCAACCCGAUUCCUCAGAACCUUAUUAAACGCGAGGCGGAUUAUGGGGCUAUCCAGUACGACCGAAACGGUAUGCCCAUUGCUCGCAUCCACCAGCGCCAUUCUUCAAUGCCGACCUUCGUCGAGUACUCGCCGGCGCCGUCUUUCGUCUCUUCCCAAUACGAAGAUUACAGCAACCGCGGCUUAUCCUUCGAGCCUGUUACACCACCGCAACAUAGCUCUCAUAUUGGACCAGAACCUGCUUACAUUGCCAACGAAGAUACGGGCUUGUACACUGCAAUUCCGGAGAUGUCUACUGGGUCUGGGUUCAACCCCAUGAUGCACCUACCGCCGUCUAACCUCGCAAGCGCGCAUUUUCCUACCCCAGCGAGAACUUUCCAUUCCAAUGUUUAUUCGGUCUUAGAAGGAUCCCCUACAUAUAAGCAACGCCGGCGUCGAUCGUCCAUCCCGCCCGGCGCUGCCAACCCUGUCACUACUGGCACUCACUCGCCUGCUCCUGCUCUAUCAUACGCGGCUCAUAAGCCCAGUGAUUUGCGACGCUCCGUUUCCAGCUCGGUUGCCCCCGGGGAUACGGAUGACUCACGUCAUGAGUCGUUGCAUCGCUCUGUUAAUAGUACCUAUACUGCAACUCUUCCUCAGAAGAACCUGAUGCAUGAAAUGUCGCGUAACGGCACACCCCUUUCCAGUGUGGGUGAACACCGCGAGCAAAGCUCCAUACCCCUUACGCAAGCGGAAGAUUUGCCAGCUCUUCCAGCAAAUGGAACCGUGGAAUCAGGUGCUCCCAACGGUGUCGGACAUAAGAGCGACCGUUAUGCAACUGGACCUGUCCGCCGCGCCCGAAGUGCUACCAUGAUGGAACUUGGCCCUUACCCGCAGAAGUCUCAUUCUUGCCCCAUCCCUUCGUGCGGGCGACUCUUCAAGAGAUUAGAACAUUUGAAACGGCAUGUGAGGACUCACACUCAGGAGCGACCAUAUCCUUGCCCCUAUUGCAACAAGGCUUUUUCGAGGUCUGAUAACUUGGCUCAACAUCGCCGCAUUCACGAGGCUCAGCAAGACGGGCAGCCACUGGUCCACGAGGACGAUUUGGAAAAUGAUGACAACGAGUCUGUUUCUCAUGACGAGGAUGAGUCUCCGUCUGAAUCUGUUCACCCUGCUGUUCCGGGUGUUCACGGAAUGACCUCUAUGCCAUCAUCCGUCGCUCUGCAAUCCACAAUGGGGUCAAUGAUGGGGUCCCACAUGAUUGCACCCCAACUCCUGCAACAGCAAAUAUAGUGGAGUUGUGAUAUUCGCACGCCGUGGCUGAUUUUCCAGUGUUCUAAUAAGGGUUUGUUACAUUAUAUGGUACCUAAUUUUUGCGGUUCUCCUAAGGGUUUCAUGUCGUGUCGGGUGUUUUGUUGCAACAUACUAUCAACGGCCGGGCAGCUAUCGCAGCCUUGCGUCGGCGCCACUGCCACUUCACCCUCAGUCUGUGGUUCUUGGUGCAGACCCGGUAUUGUUUCUAUGGGUUCUAUAUUUGGGUUGUGACAUGUGCAUUGGCCCAUGUCAUAAGGUUUUACGCUUGGUCUUUGUGUUCCUUGUGUACGUUUUUGUUUUUACCUGCUUUUUGUCUCCCAGUUCGUUUGUUCAAGGGUCCCCAGAAGUCUCGGGUUGGCUUGCAUUGAACAGGACAUGGAGGGAACAAGAGCAGAAGACACCACGACAUGCAGGCUUUGAUAAGCAAACAAUCAGCUUGCUGGCGACCAUGAGACUAUUGAAAGACUUUUCGGGCCAGAGAAGCCUGGGGCUUCUCGCUGAAUGCUGGUUUUGUUUUGCGCUUGAUAGACAUUUCUCCGAUUUACGAAGUUUUCAUGUGUGAAAGGCGGGAUUGACCUGGUCGUGUAUAUACAUAGUAACAAAUCAAGUUAUAGAUUGGUAU